GUUUCAUGAGAGAUACUACAUUACUCGAACUAUCUGAAUUAAGAGGAAUUAUAGGCCAGGCUAUGGAGGAGAUCCUACCAGAACUUCCUGCAUCACCAGAAUUAAUACCUAAUGAUAUAG